AUGGCUUUCCUGGAGUAUGGGAACCGAACUGCAGUGACUGAGUUCAUUUUAUUGGGCUUAACAGAUGACCCAGUUCUUAGAGUCAUUCUCUUCACCAUCAUCCUGGCCAUCUACCUGGUGACUGUGUCUGGGAACCUCAGCACCAUCCUUCUAAUUAGAGUCUCUCCCCAGCUCCAUCAUCCCAUGUACUUUUUUCUCAGCCACUUGGCUUCUGUUGACAUGGGCCUUUCAUCAUCUGUCACACCCAAUAUGCUUAUCAACUUCCUGGCUGAGAGAAAUACUAUUUCCUACCUUGGAUGUGGCAUCCAGCAGAGCCUGGCUGAUUUCCUUGGAUCAGUUGAAUGCUUCCUUCUGGCUGCCAUGGCUUAUGAUCGCUUCAUGGCAAUCUGCAACCCACUCCUUUAUACCGCCAAAAUGUCCACACAAGUCUGUAUCCAGUUGGUUGCAGGAUCUUAUAUAGGGGGUUUUCUUAAUACUUGCCUCAUCAUGUUUUACUUUUUCUCUUUUCUCUUCUGUGGGCCAAAUAUAGUUGAUCAUUUUUUCUGUGAUUUUGCUCCUUUGGUGGAACUUUCGUGCUCUGAUGUGAGUGUCUCUGUAGUUGUUAUAUCAUUUUCUGCUGGCUCAGUUACUAUGAUCACAGUGUUUAUCAUAGCCAUCUCCUAUUCUUACAUCCUCAUCACCAUCCUGAAGAUGUCCUCAACUGAGGGCCGUCACAAGGCUUUCUCCACAUGUACCUCCCACCUCACUGCAGUCACUCUCUACUAUGGCACCAUUACCUUCAUUUAUGUGAUGCCCAAGUCCACAUACUCUACAGACCAGAACAAGGUGGUGUCUGUGUUUUACAUGGUGGUGAUCCCAAUGUUGAACCCCCUCAUCUACAGCCUCAGGAAUAAUGAGAUCAAGGGUGCUAUCAAGAGACAGUUUAAUAAGCAAACAUUCUGCUAG